CAAACGGCUCUGUUUCGUUUCCAUUCCCCAAACCGCACUCGCCGCCGCACCAGCGACCGCUCCGAGCCGGCGAAGAUGGCGCCGACGCCGGAGGAGAUCCUCUCCGACGUCGUGCGGAACAUCCUCAGGCCGCACCCCCCGGCCACGCUCUCGCUCGACCGCCCGGUCAUCCGCCUCCCCCGCCCCGCCGCCAGCCACGCCGACUGGCGCGGCCUCUCCGCGUUCGCCCUCGGCGCGCUCUUCCAGCAACUCCCCGUGCCCGACCUCCUCCGCCUCGGCUACCUCUUCACCCCGCGCUGGCGCGAGGUAUGGCGCAUGUACCGGCUCUACCUCCACGACAAGCAGUUCGCGAGCCUCCCCAUCCCCCGCUCCGAGGUCGCCGACGCCAUCGCCAACGUGCUCGAGGAGUUCCUCGACGGCUUCCAAGGCCAAGGCGUGGAAGAAGAAGACAUCGGCGGCGUCCACGUUUAUCGCAGUGGCGUCUAUUCCUUCCGCGUCGAGUCCACGGAGUGGCGCCCCGACCACGCCGCGCGCUGGUGCGCGGCGCUCCAGAGGGGCGGGGCGUCCGAGGUCGUCCUCUUCAACCGCGGCGUCGCCGGCCAGGAUCCGGUGCUCAUCGGCGUCCCGCCUAUCCUCCUGCAGUGUGCCACCGUCAGCAAAAUCCACCUCGCCUUCUUCACCGUCGAGGCGGGGGAGCUCGACGCGCUCACCGGAAUCUCCCAGCUCGGGCUCCACGGCUGCGCGUGCCGCCCCGGCGUCGUCGAGGGCGUCGUCGCCGCGUGCAGCCACCUGCGGAUGCUCUUGGUCCAGGAUUGCGCGCUGGACUCCGUCGUCGUCAGGUCGGCGCAUCGCCUCUAUCGCCUCUCGAUGCUCCGCACCGUCUCGAGUAGCCUCACCGUGGACGACGUCCCGAACCUCCGCGAGCUGCUCCCCGGCUACACGGCCGCGCUCAGCAUCACCGGCGCGACCGAACUGACAAGCCUCAUGCGCUUCAAGCUCCCCGCCACCCUCGAGAUCGAUGGCGUCGAGAUGAGGUCUGUCAGCAUACUAUGGCUAGCCCUGGACUACACGGCGCUCCGCGGCAUGGAGGUGCACAUGGUGCCGCAGCUGGUGCACCAGAUCCUCAGGCGUUUCCCUUGCCUGAACCGUCUCAUCAUCGAGCGCACGGACGCCGUGCCACGGGAAGAAGGGAUGGCCGGCCGGCAUGACCAAGACGCUUACUCCAUGCCCCUCCACGGCGGCCUCGACCAGUCCUUGUGCUACCUGACGCUCUUAGACUUCCGGGGCGGCAAGGCCGAGCUCGAGCUCCUCAAGGCGAUCAUGCUCAGCACCCAUGCACUGCGGACCGUCGAACUAGCGUACAGCCCCAGUCGCAUGUGGCAUGACCUCUGGCACGCCACCCAGGAGGCACUCGCCGGGCUGGAGCUCUUCAGGAUCGUGAGCGGCAACCCCUCCCUCCGGACACCCCUGCUCGGCAUCAGAUCCCAGUACGCCGGAGAAAUCCAAGGAUACGAAUGGUGCGGAUCAGAUAUGUUCUGAUUCGGCCUCUGGAGCUAAGGUUUGGUUCAUUCAUUCAUUGGCUUCUAUAUCCCUGACUUACUCGGUACCCUCUGAAUCACGCUGCUGUGAUUUGCAAGUACAGUACAUCGAUGUGCUACUGUGCAGUAAUGCUGGAGAACAGUGAUCCGUUUAAUGCUCAAGUAUGCUUGCUUGUUGAUCUUCUAGAUGCCUUCACUGGUUAAGGCAUUGUCUUUUUUGUUGCAUCUUUGAAACUGGCAUGGAUGUUCUGCUUGCAUGCUUAUUGCUUCUUAAUAUGCCUCUCGCCAGUUUGUCGUCCAUCUGUCCUCCCUAGAAUUUUAGAAGAAAAGAAUAUUGUAAACAUGUCUGGUGGGACUCCUAGAUGGUGUUGAAGAAUCGUAGGGUUCAUGGCAACAUAUUAUGUUCCAAAGAUCCCGAGAUGAACUGUUGGUCUGUUUACGUGUGGAGUAGUGGUCUUGAUUGAGUUGAAUGUUCAUAAUUAAGCUAUGAUUGUCACUGUGAAUUCAGUGAUAUGCUCUGUAUCUAGCAUACUGAAGAAGCGUGUUCCGUUUAACUGGGAGGUGUAGUAUCUUAUUUAGGGUUGGUUGUUGAUCAGAUAACUGACUUCACUGGUUAUGUCAUUGUGAUUUCAUUUUUUCUUUGAAACUGGUUCUGGUUAAGCAGUUGUCGAUAAGCAGCACCUGAAAGUUAAUUUUAUUCUCCAGAGUAAAGGUUUGAUUGAUUGAUUGGUUUCUAUCCUUCCGAGUUCCUUGGUUUUCUCUGAAUCACACUCACUCCUGUUAUUUGGGAACACAAUGAGUGAUGAGCUUGGUACCAUGUAGUACUAGUUAUUAAAAACAGUGAUCAGGUUAACCAGGAGGUUUAGUAUGUGACUUGUGCUUGUACAUAUUUUAUCUGCCUUCACUGGUUAAGACACUCUUUCUUUAUUGCAUCAUUGAAUCUGGCUGCGGUUAAGAUGCUGAGAUAGUCGAUAAGUGGCAGCUUGAAGUAAUGAUGUGACCAUACCAAUAAUGGUCAGUAGAGUUUGUUCUAAGUUUUCUUUGCAUGCUAAUUACUUCUUAAUCUGCCUGUUAUGCGGUACCUUCAAAGCAGAAAAUGGACUCUGGCCUGUAUGUCCAUCUGUCCUCGAUAGAAUUCUAUGAAACUUCUGAACAUGUCUUUUGACCGAAGAUUAUUGUGGUCAUACUAACCUCUUCUGUUCAAAGAUCCUGAGUUGAACUGUUGGCCUUUUUACAUUUAGGAGUACUGGUCUUUCCUGAGGCUAAUACAGUGAUGUGCUUGGUAUGUGGCAUACUGAAGAACAGAGAUCCAUUUAAUUUGGAGGUUUAGUGUCUCAUUUUCCAGUUGCUUGCUGGUCAGUUAAUUGUCUUCACUGGUUAUGUCGCUGUGAUUUUACACUUGUCUCUUCAUUGCAUUUCUGAAACUGGUUGCGGUUAAGCAGUUGUCGAUAAAUAACACCUGAAUGUGACGAUGAUGGUAUGCGACUA